AUGACCAUCCCUGAGAUACUCUCCAUCAAAUCACCUUCCGGUAAAACCCUCUGCCUCCCAACCGGACUCUUCAUCAACAACCAAUUUGUUCCCUCCACCACCGGCGAAACUCUCGAAACCAUCAACCCUGCCACCGGUGCUUCUCUCGGUCACGUCUCAGCUGCUUCCCCGGCUGAUGUCGAUCUCGCCGUCUCCGCCGCCCGCACGGCAUUCAACACCACCUGGGGUCGCAACUCUUCCCCGACUCAACGAGCCUCAAUCCUCUUUAAACUCGCAGAUCUUCUCGAGAAGCACGCUGAAGAACUAUCCGAGAUCGAAUCUCUCGACAACGGCAAGCCGCGAUGGAUCGCUGAAACCAUGGAUAUCGCCGACACCGCCGGUUGUUUUCGAUACUACGGAGGUCUAGCGGAUAAGAUCGAAGGCAAAACCAUCGAACAAAAGGAAGGAGAAAAGUUGGCCUUUACUCGAUUGGAACCGUUGGGAGUUUGUGGACAGAUCAUUCCAUGGAACUACCCUAUUGGCAUGUUGGGUUGGAAAGUGGCCCCUGCACUUGCUGCAGGCAACUCUAUUGUCCUUAAACCUGCCGAGCAGACUCCCCUUUCCGCACUCCGAAUCGCACAACUUGCUGUUGAAGCUGGUUUGCCAGCUGGUGUUUUCAACGUUGUCAACGGUCUCGGACCUGUAGUGGGAGAUGCGAUUACAGGUCAUAUGGACAUUGACAAAGUCGCAUUCACCGGUUCCACAGCUAUCGGCAAGCGUGUCAUGGAGCGUGCUGCUCGUUCCAACCUCAAGAAAGUCACUCUCGAACUCGGUGGGAAAUCCCCCGUGGUCGUAUUCGAAGAUGCCGACAUCGAUCAAGCCGUCAACUGGUCUGCUCUCGGAAUCCUCUUCAACCAAGGUCAAGACUGUACCGCUGGAUCCCGUCUUUUCGUCCAAGAAUCGAUCUAUGACAAGUUCCUCGCGAAACUAGUCGAAGCCUUCGGCAAACACGCCAUUGGAGAUCCAUUCUGCAACCAAACCUUCCAAGGUCCCCAAAUCACCGCUCGUCAUCAACAGCGUAUCCUCGACUAUAUCGAAUCGGGUAAGUCCGAGGGCGCCAAAGUUGAGAUCGGCGGUGCAGCUUGGACCGAAGGCGCUGGUCCAUUCUCCAAAGGCUACUUUGUCCAACCGACAAUCUUCUCGGGUUGUAAAAAGGGGAUGAAGAUUGUCGAUCAAGAGAUCUUUGGUCCCGUAUUGGCAGUGGCCAAGUUUAAAGAUGAGCAAGAGGCGCUCGAGUUGGCCAACGAUACCAGCUACGGCUUGGGUGCCGGGGUGUUUAGUCAGAACGCAAGCAGAUGUAUGAGAGUGAGUGGUGCGAUUCAGGCGGGGACUGUGUGGGUGAAUAACUACGUGGUGGUCAGUAAUGCGGUUCCGUUUGGUGGGUAUAAGAGUAGUGGUAUUGGAAGGGAGUUGGGAGUGGAUGCGAUCAAGGAGUAUACCCAGGUGAAGAGUGUACAUUGGAACUUUGGUGAGACGCUCGAUUGGCCGCUUACGGGGUAG